AUGGAUCACAACAAGCCAGGGGUCAAAACAAGGCACCACCUUCUCAGGUGAAUAUCAGGCUUGAGUCCAUAAAUGUUGCUCGACUUUAUCUGGUGUCACUUAGGCUCUGCCAGUUAGACCACCUGUGCUGCUGCCGCUGCCCAAUCUAGCUGUCAAAGCCUCGAUGACCUGCGCUGCUGCCACUGCCUCUUCUGGCUGCUAAAGCCUCAACGACCUGCGCUGCUGCCACUGCCUCUUCUGGCUGCUAAAGCCUCAACGACCUGCGCUGCUGCCACUGCCUCUUCUGGCUGUCAAAGCCUCAAUGACCUGCGCUGCUGCCACUGCCUCUUCUGGCUGCUAAAGCCUCAACGACCUGCGCUGCUGCCACUGCCUCUUCUGGCUGUCAAAGCAUCGAUUACCUGCCUGCUGCCGCAGCCCCCUCUGCCUCUCAAAGCCUCGACAACCUACUCUGCUGCCGCAGCCCUUUCUGGCUGUCAAAGCCUCAAUGACCUGCGCUGCUGCCACUGCCUCUUCUGGCUGUCAAAGCCUCAACAACCUGCGCUGCUGCCGCUGCCCCUCCUGGCUGUCAAAGCCUCGAUGACCUGCUCUGCUACCACUGCCCCUUCUGGCUGUGAAAGCCUCGACGACCUGCUCUGCUGCCACAGCCCCUUCUGGCUGUCAAAGCCUCAACAACCUGCGCUGCUGCCACUGCCUCUUCUGGCUGUCAAAGCCUCAACGACCAGCACUGCUGCCACUGCCUCUUCUGGCUGUCAAAGCCUCAACGACCUGCGCUGCUGCCGCUACCCCUUCUGGCUGUCAAAGCCUCGAUGA